GAGAGUGAGCUGUCGGUCUCUCUCCGACGUAAAGUAUCUCCGCCAAUGGCGGCCUCCAGGCUCUUGUUAUCUGUAGGUUAAUGGAUUGGUAUCAAGUAGCAUUCGUCGUUGGUCGGCCGAGAGGAAUUCGAGAAUCCUGCAGAUGAGGACGUAAGUAUGUAUUGACUAUUGACUGCCGUGUUUCUCUGUUAUCGCGCGGUAAAACUAAUUAUCGCGCUGGAGUCAACCACUGCUGAUGAAAUAGCAUAGGCGACUAUAAUAAGCAAAGCAUGGAGACUCUUGAAGAAUGUUGUAUCAUCAGAGGUACUGUACUUCUGGGGUAUAUAGUACACGUCGAGACAAGCCUUGGAUUUCUCCCCUUGAAGUCUCAUAACUGGCAAGACAGUCAUGGCAGACCCGACUUCGUCCAAGUCUGAUCUGCAAAAGACCAAGAGCCCCUCUAUCUCAGAGGCAGGCGUUUCCAUCGCUGGAUCCUUUGUUAUAGAUCCAGUAGUGGAGCGAUCGGUAGUGAGAAAGCUGGAUUUCAGACUCCUGCCUGUUCUGUCUCUCAUGUACUUCUUCAACAAUCUCGACCGAUCCAACCUGGGAAAUGCAAAGACCGACGGCUUGGAUAAAGACUUUGGCCUGGUGGGAAACCAGUACAGCAUUGUCUUGGCUGUUUUCAACGUCACGUUCUGCUCCUUUGAUCUGCCUUCGAACUUGCUGCUGAAGCGGUUUAGCGGAAGGAGAAUGCUGCCGAUGAUGAUGAUGGCUUGGGGCUCCGUGACUCUUCUUCAAUGCGCCGCGCAUAACUUCUCCGGUCUCCUGGCAUGUCGGUUCUUUAUGGGGAUUUUCGAAGCUGGUUUCUUCGCGGGUGUCAUAUUCUAUCUGACUCAAUUCUAUAAACGAAAUGAGCUGGCUUUUCGCUUGUCAAUCUUCUAUGGAACGGUCACUAUCGCCGGUGCAUUUUCCGGAUUGAUAUCCUUUGGAGUAUUCCAGAUCAAGCACCACCUUCCAGGAUGGAUGUACCUCUUCAUCAUCGAAGGCGGUGCUACUCUUAUUUGUGCUAGCUUUGCGGCCUGGUGGCUUCCUCUGAGUGGUUCCCGGUGUCACUGGUUCAGCGAGGAAGAAUCUCACGUGGCCGAGCUACGUCUUCUACAUGACGGCUCAGUCAGAUCUGACGAUGCCUUUGAUCUCAAGGACGCACUCAAGGGGCUUUGCGAUUGGCGCGUCAUGGUAUGGGCAAUGAGCUGCUUUUCUUAUGGAAUCGCCCAGUCUUCCGUGAGCAACUUCUUGCCCCAGAUGAUUGCCCUGUUGGGUUAUUCUACCGUCAAGACAAACCUCUACACUGUCGCUCCAUACUGCGUUGGAACCGUCGUUCUCUGGACUCUUUGCCGGUCUUCAGACUACUUCCGCGAGCGCUCCUUCCACCUCGCCGGCGCUUUAAUGAUUACGUUCGUCGGAUAUAUCAUCCUCAUAACAGUCGACGCCGAGAAACACAAGGGCGUCGCCUACUUCGCCUGCUUUCUUCUCACGAGCGGAGCCUUUGCCCCCAGCUGUAUCUUCCAUAGCUGGCAUGCCAACAACGUAGCAUCUGAAAGUCAACGGGCAGCCAUUGUUGGAUUUCUCGUCGGCUCAGCCAACUGCGCUGGAAUCCCUUCCAGUCUUGCAUUCGAUUCUCGAACCGCUCCCAAGUACAUGCCGGCGCUGAUCGUGAAUUGCGUGUUUCAGAUGGUUGGAAUCCUGAUGAUCCUGGGCCUGGGGAUGUGGUUUCGGUAUGAUAAUCGAAGACGGGAUAAGUUGCAGGGGGUUAAGCUUACCGCAGCUGAUGUUGCGACGCAGUGUUUGGUGGAUGGGUGGAGGGAUCCGAAUUGGAGGUGGACUGCUUGAUUCAUUUCAGCACUACUAGGGGUUCAGUCUCAUGAAUCAAACAUCUUUGCAGCUCAUGAAUUCGUUUGUUUACAGUAUCAGACGUAAUGAGUUAGUGUACUGAUGAAUCAAUUUACUGCUUCAGUGUAUGCUUGUCACCAACCCCGAGCAAUGUUCUUUCUUUU